CCUUCUGCAGAUGAAAUAAAGAAAAGGAGAACAAGAAAAACUCGAAACGUAUUCAGUGACUGUGCUUUUGACUCAUACUUGACAAGGAGACACACAACUCUCCUAGAACCAACUUUAUUUCUUCAUGAAUACAUUUUUAAUCGCCACGGGGGCGUCCUAUUUAUAGCAUCAGCUGUUGCAAUCCAAAGAUUAGCUGCUCGGCGUGUCGUUCGGCAGAUGUGGGCAGCACAGUCCCGGUUGAAGGGCGGUGGUGGUUUAAAGCCGAGGAAGACGGCGAGGAGGACGAAGAUGUUGGCGUGAGAACGUCUAUAGGUCGGGGUGGAAAGAAGCUCCUGAAGCCAGGUGUGUCUCAUCACCUACUAGCCUACUUCCACAUCGCUACCGGCACCAGUAGAGGUAACCAUGGCGAUGAGCGCAGUGCCAAGUGACAACUUGCCAACCUACAAGCUGGUUGUGGUGGGGGAUGGAGGUGUCGGGAAAAGUGCUUUAACCAUCCAGUUUUUCCAGAAGAUCUUUGUGCCAGACUAUGAUCCCACCAUCGAGGACUCUUAUCUUAAACACACGGAGAUCGAUGGACAGUGGGCCAUACUUGAUGUGCUGGACACAGCAGGCCAGGAGGAGUUCAGCGCCAUGAGGGAGCAGUACAUGAGGACGGGGGACGGCUUCCUCAUCGUCUUCUCCGUCACGGACAAGGCCAGCUUUGAGCAUGUGGACCGGUUCCAUCAGCUCAUCCUGCGGGUCAAAGACAGAGAGGCCUUCCCGAUGGUGCUGGUGGCUAACAAGGUGGACCUGGUGCAUUUACGAAAGGUCACCGCUGAGCAGGGCCAUGAGAUGGCUGCAAAACACAAUAUAACCUACAUUGAAACCAGUGCCAAGGAUCCCCCGAUGAACGUGGACAAAGCGUUCCAUGAACUGGUCCGAGUCAUAAGACAACAAGUUCCAGAGCGAAACCAGAAGAAGAAAAAGAAGAUGAAGUGGAGGGCAGAGCGGUCCACGGGCUCCCACAGGUUCCACUGCGCCAUCUUGUGACCUGUCCUUCCCUGUGAAUGAAACCCACACAAACUGACACACACACAGGGACACAACUUUGGAUGUCAGGGAACUUCUCCACAGCAGUGGUUAUCUACUGGUGCACACAAAAAAAGGAGAGGAGGGCGGUCGACGGCGGUGGAUCCAAAACGACGAAGACCGCACCCUCCCUCCUCGAGAGGGUCCAUCUGUGUUCAAGCCAACCUCUUCAAACUCUCUCAAUCAAUUGUAAUUUUUUUAAUUUAUUAUGAAGCGAGGGGCACAAAAGGGGUGGAGCCAAAAUGAGAAACUGUCCGAAAAGGGAGCAAAAGUUGCAUCUGGUAUUUUCUAGACCAUCAUUUCUGCUUUCGUCGUCUGUUUUUGUGGAUCUUUAUGAAGGUUCGGAGGACAUGUCUGCAUGGGAUAGCACUGACUUUAUUGUUGAUUAAUGGACCGGAAGUGCACGGAUGCUCCAGUUUGGGAACAAGUGAAAGAAAUGUGGAUCGUUUCCAUAAAAACGGCCGUUUUAUAACGUUCUGUUUGCAUUUGUAACUUUAAGGAGAAUAAUGGAAGUAUCUGUAACAGGUCGAUCAGUUUUAAGAGCCAUGUUUACACUUUGGGGGUUGUUUUCGCUGCACGGACGCGGCACCAAAGCCACUUUCCAUCCUUUUCAGUGUUUGGAAACGGAGCCGAUCACGAGCAGCUCUGUCCUAGUCCAAGUUUGUCCUGCUUUUACCGGCUGAAUCGCUACUUUCCAUAUUUGAUAUGAAAACUGUACUUAGGUGUCCGUGUGGACAACAUCCCAGAGAACCACGGAGGUGUUGAUGAGGGACGGUGGUGGUCCGGGGCUGGCCGCAGAAGCCCGUCUGCUCGGGCUGCAAACCAAAAUCAACGUGAUGUCACUUUACUUCAACCCAGGGGCUUUUCCCACUUUGAAGAGUUCAGUACUGUCCGACAAAUCCCGGGAAUCUGCCAGAGCGUGACGCCUACACGUCUUUAUUUGAAGUCCUCACUUUGGAACUCCGUGUUUGUUUGUUGUUGUUGUUGUUGUGAAGUGGAUGGGAAUGUACAACUUAUUAAAUGGCGAGUACUGUUAUCAGCCUGAGCUUGGGCGGACGACUCUCCAGUCCGGACUCUUGAAGGAAAACAUUUUUGCACUUUUGAAAAACAUUUUUCUGACUUUCCUAUCGGCAUGUUUUCUCUCAGAUCUGUGAGCGAGCUGCUGGGCAGAGGAAAACAAUGUGAAUGUGAAGGGGCGGAGCUAAGCAGGCCGGCGGCGGCGGCGGCGGCUAAAGAUUGGAGCCGUGCCCCUUUGUAACGUUAAUAAGUUCAAUAUCAGCCAGUUUUGAAUGAAAAGUUUAACUCGAUCGAAGGAGCACAGUGUUUAAAUCAAUCUACUGAUGGAGGAAGCCUUACAGAAGUUUUCUGAAUUAAAAUACUGAUUUUUAAAAAAAACAGACUGGACAGUCGGAGAGGAAAAUGUCUAUAAAAAAAAAAGUUUAUAUUGAAAAUGUUGCAUCGUGUGUGUUUGAUACCAUUUUUGUAUUCUUGAAAUUUUCUCUUCGAAACAACUGAAUAAUUUAUUAUUGUCUGUUACCUCAGUUUGUUCCAGACCUGGACAAAGAAAAAUAAAUAAAUAAAUACGAAUUUUCCCAA